GCAGCGCGGGGCGCUGGGGACUUCGGGAUCGGGCGCCGCGAGCCGACGGAGCGGGCCGGGGGCGUCCGCGGGCGGAGCGGGAGCUCGCGGCAGGGGCCGCAGCGCGCCGGCGCCCUGGAGCACGCAGAAAUGGAGCAAGAGCCACAAAAUGAGGAGCCUGCUGAAAUUAAAACCAUCAAGGAAGCAUACAAGAAGGCCUUCGUAUUUGUUAAUAAAGGACUGAAUACAGAUGAAUUAGGCCAGAAGGAAGAAGCAAAAAACUACUACAAGCAAGGAAUAGGACACCUGCUCAGAGGAAUCAGUGUUUCCUCGGCAGAGCCCGAACACACAGGCCCUGAGUGGGAGUCUGCUAGACAGAUGCAGCAGAAAAUGAAAGAAACACUCCAGAACGUACGUGCCAGGUUGGAAAUUCUAGAGAAGGGUCUUGCCACUUCUCUGCGGAACGAUCUUCAGGAGGUGCCCAAGUUAUAUCCAGAGUUUCCACCGAAAGACGUACCAGAAAAGUCGCCAGAUCCGGAGUCCUUUACUUCAUCUUCACAACACACAGGGGUAAAUGGAGGCACUUCAAAUCCAGGGCCAGUUCUUGCACCCAGUUCCCUGCCCUUGCCGUCUCAGAAUCAAGGUCAUCCAGCAGAGGCACCUCCUGCCUAUACUCCGCAGGCUGCCGAGGGUCACUACACAGUAUCCUAUGGAACGGAGUCUGGGGAAGUUUCUUCAGUUGGAGAAGACUUUUAUAGGAAUCAUUCUCAGCCCCCACCUCUCGAGUCCCUGGGGCUAGAUGCAGAUGAGUUGAUUUUGAUACCAAAUGGAGUACAGAUAUUUUUUGUAAAUCCUGCAGGAGAAGUUAGUGCACCGUCAUAUCCUGGAUACCUUCGAAUUGUCAGGUUCUUGGAUAAUUCUCUUGAUACGGUUCUGAAUCGUCCUCCUGGAUUUCUUCAGGUUUGUGACUGGCUGUACCCCCUCGUUCCUGAUAGAUCUCCAGUUCUUAAAUGUACUGUAGGCGCCUACAUGUUUCCUGACACAAUGUUACAAGCAGCGGGCUGUUUUGUGGGGGUUGUAUUGUCUUCUGAAUUACCUGAAGAUGAACGAGAACUCUUCGAGGAUCUUUUACGACAAAUGUCUGACCUUCGACUCCAGACCAACUGGAAUUGGGCAGAAGGAGAAAAUGAAUUCCAAAUACCUGGAAGAUCAACACGUUCCACUAACCAAGUGAAGGAACCCAGUGACACUGAUGUGAGACAGUUGGGUCCUGCGUCAGAUCAAAGCAAUAAGGAUGCACGUAAAGGGAAACGUGGAAAAAAGACUAAAGGUACUUCAAAUGAAGAAAUUAAUCUAAGCCACAUUGUACCCUAUGAACCCGUUUCAGAAGAAAGAGCAAAAGAAUUGCCUGAAUGGAGUGAAAAAGUGGCUCAAAACAUUUUGUCAGGUGCUUCCUGGGUAAGUUGGGGUUUAGUCAAAGGCGCUGAGUUUACUGGCAAAGCAAUCCAGAAAGGUGCUUCUAAACUCCGAGAACGGAUUCAACCAGAAGAAAAACCUGUGGAAGUUAGUCCAGCUGUGACCAAGGGACUUCACAUAGCUAAGCAGGCUACGGGAGGCGCAGCGAAAGUCAGUCAGUUCCUGGUUGAUGGAGUUUGCUCUGUAGCAAAUUGUGUUGGAAAGGAAUUAGCCCCACAUGUCAAGAAGCACGGAAGCAAGCUUGUUCCAGAAUCUCUUAAAAAAGACAAAACUGGGAAGUCUGCUCUGGAUGGCGCUAUGGUUGUGGCUGCAAGUAGUGUUCAAGGAUUUUCAACUGUCUGGCAAGGAUUGGAAUGUGCAGCUAAAUGCAUUGUGAACAAUGUUUCAGCAGAAACUGUACAAACUGUCAGAUACAAAUACGGACAUACUGCAGGAGAAGCUACACACGAUGCUGUAGAUUCUGCCAUCAAUGUUGGUUUGACUGCCUAUAAUAUUGAAAACAUUGGUAUCAAAGCCAUGGUGAAGAAAACUGCAAAACAGACAGGACACACAAUCCUUGAGGACUAUAAGAUAGUUGACAGUUCGAAGAAGGGGAAUCAAGCAGAAGCAGGUCUCACCAGGAUAGAAGAGAAAGAUGAAAAGAAAGAGAAUCCAGAAGAGGAAGAGACAAAGAAGAAAGAGAAGUGAUUGUUGUGUUCUGAAUUACCUAUACCAAAGCCUUACAAAAGAUGAAUGCAAUUCUGUUAAAUAGGCAAAUGUGGAAUUUCUCACAGAGUGUUGUUACAGUGUUGUUAAAUACAUUCAUUACUACAGAGUGACUAUUUCAUAAACAUCAUGGCUUGUAGUCUACUUACUAGGACAAGAAUUCAUAUUCUUGCAACUGACCUUAGGAGAUUGUGGUUAUAUUCUCCAUAAAUUCAUUUUUUUUUCCUAAAUGUGACUAAAAUGUCGUUGCAUUUAAAACAAGACUCAUACUACAUAUACUGUAAACCUCAUUAAACCUAAUGUUAAAAUUAUUUUUGUCUUUUCUGUCCCUCAGAAAGUAGGAAAGUACUUUUCAGGAAGUAGUAAGGUAGGAAAUUACAUAUUUACACUGUUUGUCUUUUAUUGAUCUUAGAUCAAUUUGUAUGAGAAAGGAAUGAUGUAAAAUAUUACCUUGUCCUUUUGCACUAAUUGUAGAUGUUUGAAAAAGUGCCUGUCAAAAUUUCCAUUGUGUAUAAGCUAACAAACACUAAACCUAAAUAAAAAUUCUCAGUACUUAAAAGACUUCUUCAAAGCAGGGAAUUGACUAAUCAUGAAAAACAAAAUUAGGUUCCUUAAAAUUAUUUGAUAAUUUACCUUUAUUAUGAAAGGGGUUGGUUUUGUAUUUAAAGGGAUACUUUUUUCAUCUUCUGGAUAUAGAUGGAUGUUGGCUUAUUUAAAUGAGUAGGAAAUUUGGGGAUAUUCUGUUAAGGUUCAAAGUGAUUAUCUGUGUAAUUGACCAAAAAAUUUACAUAAGGAUUCAUUUUACCAUAUCCCUAUAUUUUUUCCCCAGAUGGCUAAAAUUUUAUAAAAACUAAAAAACAAUUGAAUUUAUGGAUGGUAAAUAUAUUUUAGGAUUCUGUCAUUAGGAUUUUAUAUGCUACAAAGUGACCUUAGGUUUAAUUCAUUGUAAGCAAGCCUAAAAGAUAGAAAAGAUUAUAUUCACUGACCUAUAAGCUAGAAAUAUAUAAACAAAUACAUGACAUUUUAUUUUUGUUUCCUGAUUUUUUAAAGAAUUGAUAAUUAGUUUUCAUAAUUAUGAUCAGUUUUAUUUCUGAACCUCUACUGGCUACUUAAUUGAUUAGACUUUAUCUGAAACUACAUAAAGAAUGUGUAUGUGAAUAAGCUACAUUACUUUUCCUCAAAUGUAUUCAUGAGCUUGUAUUUCAGGAACACAGAAUUUGUGGAGCCGCCUUCUAAAUCCAAAGAUAAUGUACCAGUAUUAUAAUGAAAAUAAAAAAGUCAUUUGGUAAA